AUGGUGAAAAACAAGGAGAACCUGCCCAAAACGGUAUUUACCAGCACAGACCACCAAGAGACUCCCCCGGCCCUCUGCUUCGCAUACCUGGCCAAGCUGAAGAGAAGGGCGGUGGCCGCUCCGGAGGGAUUCUGGUCCCGAAGCCGCGGAAGGGAGGGCGACGCUGCGUCGGCAAAGCCCGGCGAGUGGGCGCGGUCGGGCGCCGGGGACCUCGCUCCGCUCCGGGACUCCUCCGAGGCCUGCGGGGACGGGGCGGCCUGCUGCGCCCUGGCCUGGAGCGAUCUCUCUCUCGAAGCGUCGGGGACCCUCCUGCCGCUGGAGGCCGCCACGCGCAGCGACUCGGAAGCGUCCGUGCAGCAGCCGCUCUGGCUGCCGGGUCGCGGCCACCGGCGCCCCGUGAGCCCGGGCCUCUGCUCGCUGGUGUAUGAGACGCCCUUCGACGCCCAGGCCAGCCCUUACCAGGCCCGCUGCCGCUACCUGCAGCCCCGCUGGGCCGACUUCCUGGACUGGAUCCCGGAUGUGGGCUUCGUGGGCCGCUGGUGGCUGCCGGGGUCCCGGAUGCGCGACUGCGACCUCAAGGCCCAGGAGUUCCUGCACCUGCCGGCACAUCUGCGCGCCGUCGGGCCCCACCAGCUGUACCCGGAGGCCAACGAGCGGCUCUUCGACGAGGAGAAGCCCAGACCUGUGGUGCUCACCGCCGAUCACGUGGACCAGGCGCUGUGGGAGGCGCAGGUCUUGCAGCAGGAGAAGAAAGACCAGGUCGCCCUGAGCCAGGCUGACCCGCUGGUGCCAUCGGAGGUCGCGAGAUGA